AUGUAUGUACUAUAUGAUCGUCUGAGGAAGGCCAUAAAUUUGGAGACAGGGGUAACAAAUCAUAAAAUUGCCUUGGUAACACUAAACAUGGCAACAACUCUUGUCCAAAGCCUCGAGAUUUACAAGGGAAUUUCGCACCCGGUGAGUAAUAAAAUAUUGCACAUGUACUUGUAUGACUAGUUUCUUUGCUUGCUCUUAUCGGUUAUAAAGCUUUGUUUUCUUUCCAGUAGUUUUCAUACCCAAAAAAGUCUUCUGGGGAGGAGGGGAAGCAACAUCUCUAGAACCACACACUCAUUUUUGGGGGUAUUAAUUUUGGCAUUUGAACGGACCAGGUUUACAACUGUAGCAACAUCAAUAACUGCAAGUUCAGUACUGUACUUACAAUUUAAGAGUACAAACGAAAACUUCUCCUGUGCUAACAUUGUAUCAAACUCUUGGUCAUGGAACGAGGAAGCCAACAUGCAUGCCCCUUGGCCAUUAGCAGAAAUGGACUUCACCAGAAUUACUCUAUUUUUGUAAAAAUUUUUAUGUGCCCAGUCUUCCAUGGUGUCAGAACUUAAAAAAGAAAUUCAUUUUUAAACCUCCCUGAGUUCCCUUACAUGGAUGAAUUAAGAGAGAAAAGGUAUUUGCCAUUUACCAGACCAUGAAAAUAUAAACUCCAGCUCAAAGUAAAAUAAUUUUAACUUAUGGCGUUUUUAAAUUUACCUUUAUCAUUGGCCAGCAAAUUUAAUGGCUCUGCUAAGGUGAUAAAAGCGGGUGUGGCAAAUGAGAAUGUUACCCUUGAAAUCUUAACUGUGAAAGGGCCAUACACAACUGCCCGCGGCAUCUACACAAGCUUUUCCUCGCACUGCCGUCCAAAUGUCAAUCUGGUCCAAAAGUCCAUGCAAGAUCUGGCAGCUGUUGGUCUUGGCAUAUUUAAAGUCAUUAACAAACUGAAAAUUUUUUUUAUAAAAUGCUGCCCAGUGAUGACCUUCAGCAGAAGCUGGCCAAAUAUAACAUCUCUGUGCAAGAAUACAGAACAACAUUCCUGA